UGUACUCACAUCCGGGGCUGGGUUUUGCCUUCAUGCGAAACGUAAUUAACCCGGAAAAAAGAGCCCGGAGACAGGAGCGAGGGAGGGGGCAAGCCGCGGCACUCUCCGCGUCCUGGGGCUGGGGCCCGGCCCGCGACGACUGCGGGAGGGAGCGCAGCGGAGCACGUCCCAGGGUGAUGUGAGCAGAGCCCAGGAAUGCCUUAUGUGGAUCGGCAGAACCGAAUCUGUGGGUUUCUGGACAUCGAGGAGAAUGAGCACAGCGGCAAGUUUCUGCGGAGGUACUUUAUUCUGGACACCCAGGCCAACUGCCUGCUCUGGUACAUGGACAACCCCCAGUGUUCUGCAGGUGAAGCUGGAGUGUUACUUUUGAAAACGAGCUCCCCAAGGGUUCUGAACCUGGCAGUGGGGGCUGGAGCUGUUGGAUCUUUGCAGCUGACCUACAUCUCAAAGGUGAGCGUCGCUACCCCAAAGCAGAAACCAAAAACUCCAUUUUGCUUUGUUAUCAAUGCCCUGUCGCAGAGAUAUUUUCUUCAAGCCAAUGACCAGAAGGACCUGAAGGACUGGGUUGAAGCCCUGAACCACGCCAGCAAGAUCACUGUACCCAAAGCUGGGAGCCUACCCCUGAGUACCGAAGUUCUGAAAAGCCUAACAGCCCCUCCAGCCCUGGAGAAGAAGCCACAGGUGGCCUACAAGACAGAGAUCAUCGGAGGGGUGGUGGUGCACACACCCAUCAGCCAGAACGGUGGGGAUGGGCAGGAAGGGAGUGAGCCAGGGUCUCACGCCAUCCUGCGAAGGUCUCAGAGUUACAUCCCUACGUCAGGCUGCCGUACUUCCACUGGCACCCCCCUCAUCAAGAGUGGCUACUGUGUGAAACAAGGGAAUGUGCGGAAGAGCUGGAAACGUCGCUUCUUUGCACUCGAUGACUUUACCAUCUGCUACUUCAAGUGUGAGCAGGACCGAGAACCACUGCGCACUAUAUUUCUCAAGGAUGUUCUCAAGACCCAUGAGUGUCUGGUCAAAUCUGGUGAUCUCUUAAUGAGGGACAACCUGUUUGAAAUAAUAACCAGCUCAAGGACCUUCUACGUGCAGGCGGACAGCCCAGAGGACAUGCACAGCUGGAUUAAGGAGAUUGGGGCAGCUGUCCAGGCCCUCAAGUGCCACCCCAGAGAAGUGUCUUUUUCUAGAUCCAUUUCUUUGACUCGACCUGGAAGCUCCAGCCUCACAGGUGGGCCUAACUCUGUCUUAUGCCGAGGGCGGCCACCUGCAGAAGACAGGAAAGCCCUCUGCAAAGCCCCCUCGAUGGCCUGCUCCUGGCAACCUUGGACACCUGUCCCCCAGACUGGGGAAAAGCUGCUACCAGCAGAAGAGACUCCAGAGGACUCUCUGUUCCUACCCCAACUUGCAAAGAGCAGUAUCGCUGGGGUGGUGCCAAGCUCCCGGAUAAGGCACAGAUCAGAGCCCCAGCACACCAAGGAGAAGCCAUUUCUGUUUGACCUUGAUGAUGAAAGCAUACGGACCUCUGAUGUGUGAUGAGGCACAGUGCAUGGGAGGGGAGGGAGAGAGGGAGGGAAGGCUGGACAGAAGGUGGCCAGGACUCAGUUUCCCUGCAGAUCAGAGGCCUUUGUGGUGCUUGUAUUCCUGUGGAUGUACUAUGGAGGGUCCAUGCAGCUGGAUUUUCUGAUAUUAUCAGUGCAGUGUAUUAAUUUGGGAAAAUUACUAGGUUUGACCUGUAGAGUCUUCUCAGCAGACACUGUGCUGCCCCUUGUUGGACUUUUCCAAGAUCUUUCUGGUGGGGGGUUGAUUUAGCAUCACCUCUCUAGAAGCAGUGUAGAGUCCAGUUAUUCCUCUAGCCAAGUUCCAUGUCCUUGUCCUUGUUUUAGUUUUUUCCUUUUGUUUCAAUCGAAGCAUGGAAUCUUAGGCCAGUCUCCUGGUUUCAUCCUGUUCCUGUUACUUGGCCGAAGUCUGUGAAGCAGGAAGGUGGCAGCUAACCCAGCUGAAAGGAGUCGAGGUAGAAGAGACCCAGGCCCUGGCUGGGCUGGGGUCCACUCCAGGAGGUAGUUGAAAUCUUAGCGGUGGAUCCUCCAGGAGACUCCCAGGGAAAGAGAUGGGUGUCUUGUGUGAGGUAUGGGGAAUAAUUCAAUGCAGUGCAUCAGCUGGUUUGGGAAAUUACUCUGUUUUCCUUUUGAUGAUCUGUAACCCCCCAGUGCUAUGAAUGUGGGUGACAGACUACCAGUCCAGUGGCUGUGUCCAACCCCAGGGUGGGCUUAUCAGUGUUAAGUGCUACAACUGUUGGGAGCAGAACAGACAUUUCCUUGAUAUGGUGUUAUUUGAAAUGUGUGGAGGGCUAGUGAGUGUGUGAUAAUUCAUGUAUGUGAUAAUCUCAGAGUUUUAGAAUAGCUUUAAAAGAGAUGCUGAGAAGAGAUGGAUGAUGGUUUGUCCUGCUAACCUUUUUAAAUCCAUGUUUUCCCAAUAGGAAAAAAGUUCUGGUCUUUUUGAAUGAACCAUUGGUCUGAUAUUAAGUGCUGUAGAUCAUAUACCCUGGCAGAUUUGCUUUCUAUCCUUUGUGUUGCACAUUGAAUGCAGCUCUGUGUGCUUGCAUGAUCAAAACCUGUACUUAGCAGUGGGGAGAUACAAAGAUAGCCUUGUAAUAUUUAUAUUCUUCAGUGGAAUAGAGACUGGGCAUAACAACGUUGAUUUAAAGGUUCUAACUUGCUAAUGAGAGAUUUCGCAGGCAGAAGAGCAUAGGAGAUUGCACCCAUAUGGGUUUCCUACCCGUAUUCUGGGGUGUGCCUUCUCCCUUUGGACAGGCACAAUUUCCAGAGCCCUUGGGAGCAUUUAUCUAUCCAGCUUCUGCAGUGACUUGCUAUCAGAAACUUAUGAGGGCUUCCUAAAAGGAGACAGAACUUAGCUCAUUACUAUCUGUAAUUUUUACUUGUUAGAUCAAUUAACUAUAUUUUAAAUUAAAAAUUAGUGACUAGAGGAAGAGACUAAGAGAAGCAUUUGCACCUAGGCAAAUCCCUGAUCCUUUUUAUGUCCACAUCUGAUACACAGGUGAAAACUCGAUGAUAGGGUCAUUUGUGUUUGCAGGGAAGCACGUUUCUUCUGGGCUGCAUGGCCGUUGAAGUAUGGGUCACACGGAGCUGUUUCUGCCUUCAUUGCACUGAAGUGCUCCUUCACUUAAGUUUGGCCUAUGGUCCUGGUCUUAAAAAGAAAGUCUACUGGAUCUCACCCUCUAUCACUAUCCAUUUUCCCUCUCUCUUGUGUACUUUUGUCCUCAGAAAUUCUUAGUUUGGGAAUUAUUUAUUUAUGAGUGAUCAAGGUUACAACCUACUUUAAGUAACCUGAUUUUAAGAAGCCAUUCCAAAUUCCUAAAACCCUUUGUCUCUGGUUGCACCUUCCUAUUUUUCUCCCCCAAAAAACUUCUUGAACUAACCAACAGAAGUGGGCAUCAUGCAACGUGGAUGUGAUGAAAAUAAACUAGAAACUUUUGAAAUCUCUUUAAACAUUCCCUGACUCAUGGAAAUGAUGUCAUUUCAUGUUUAAAUUGUGAAAAUCUCUCUCUCUCUCUCUCAUAUAUUCUGCUAAUUAAUUGGCUAUUAUAGUGAGCUGUUAGGUUUCUUAUUCAGCAAGGUCUAUUUUAAGAGUAUGUUAAAUUAAAAAUAAUCCAGCCUGUAUUAGUGAAGGGGAAACAAGGACUCUAACAAGCAAAUACUUGGACAUACCAAGGUGGAACAUAGUUAAUUUUGUUCUAAUAUCACAAAAGUAUGUUUAUCUUCUUUGAAACCAAAAACAUAUACAUUCCUAAUCUUAUAUCAGAAUUUCUUUUCUGUCCAUAUUGCUUAACCUUCUGACCAAUUUUAAACCACUGUCUUUUAAAGUGAGCCAAAGAUGGUGCACAGAUAACUGAAGAAUUUGCUUUUAGUUAUAUGAAAUGGAAUCAAAUGGAAGAAAUAAGAAAAUAAAAUAGGGAUACAGGAUAGGUGAGUGGUUAAGAGCAUAGGUUCUGGAAUAAAAACCAAGUUAAAAAAAAAAAGAACUGAAAAAGAUACUGCAUUUUCUUUGUGGAAUGAAAACCAUGUUUGAAUCACUCUUUCCAUAAUUGUUCUGAAGUGGUCACAGGCCUGGGUGCAACAAUAUUCCAGGUGGGCUUCUCCUUAGGGGAACUACUUACCAUCUGUUCUUGAAAACUGAUACACUUGCUUGCUCAAGGGCAAGUGAUGGUUGGAGAAAAUAGUUUGCCUUUUGCUUUCUAUGAGACAUGAAAAGUAAUCAGGAGGUGUACACUCUGGACAGCGGCCUCAGGUCACAGUAGUAGAAUUACACCUGUUUCUGACUAGAAUGCUGAGCUCCUGUGAGAAGUAGAGUUAAGGUCCAGCUUCUCAGUUUACUGGGAGCAAAUUAAUUUUUUCCUUUCUGAAUAUAAAUGUUCUUGCUAUGGACUGAAAUGACCUGAUGUGUAAUAGCGGAUUUAGUAGUUGAGCAAUGCAAUUUGAUAGGUUUGUUUUUAGUGUUAACCAGAUAAAUAGGCAUAUGGCAGUGUUAACUGCAUUUUGGAAAUUAGGUUUCCCAAAUCAGCUUUGUUUGUUAACUUUGAACAUGUCAGAAAUGGGCAUGUUUAUUAAAUAUUUUCUACCAACAUCUUUUUUUCUCCUUAGACCUGUUUUCUCUCUUUGCUAUGGCCUGUCACUCAUGCUAGGUAGAGUCUGAAUAAAGCGAGUGUUAGGCAAAAACAUGCAGUUUGAGCCCUUCCCCAUCCGCUUGCCCUUGGUUUUGAAUCAGUAGGUUUCAGCUGUGAAGAGCCUUGCUCUGAGUCCUGAGCUGAGUGCAUGGAAACUUAGGCUUCUCAUUUUCUGUGAUCUGCUAAUUGGUAUGUAGCAAAAAUAAUUUUCUAAAACUGUUUUGUUGCUUGUUUUGUAAUAAAACCAGUGCUGAAAUAUG